AUGGCGCAACUCGACACCCUCGAUUUGGCGGUCCUGGUGGUUCUCUUGGUGGGUAGCGUCGCCUACUUCACCAAGGGCACCUACUGGGCUGUCCCUAAGGAUCCCUAUGCCUCCUCCGGAGCCUCCCUGAAUGGUGGCGCGAAGAGCGGCAAGACCCGCGACAUCAUCGAGAAGAUGGAUGAGACGGGCAAGAACUGUGUGAUCUUCUAUGGCUCGCAAACUGGUACCGCUGAGGACUACGCUUCCCGUCUGGCCAAGGAGGGCUCCCAGCGCUUUGGUCUCAAGACUAUGGUGGCCGAUAUUGAGGAUUACGACUACGAGAACCUGGACAAAUUCCCCGACGACAAGGUGGCCUUCUUCGUUCUGGCCACUUACGGUGAGGGCGAGCCGACGGACAAUGCCGUGGAGUUCUACCAGUUCCUUACCUCGGAGGAUGUUGCUUUUGAGAGCGGCGCCGCUGCGGAUGACUCGCCGCUGUCCUCUCUUAAGUAUGUCGCUUUCGGUCUCGGUAACAACACUUACGAACACUACAACUCGAUGGUCCGCCAUGUCGAUGCUGCUCUGACCAAGCUCGGUGCCCAGCGCAUUGGAGCUGCUGGUGAAGGUGAUGACGGUGCCGGAACUAUGGAGGAGGACUUCCUCGCCUGGAAGGAGCCCAUGUGGGCUGCUCUGUCCGAGUCAUUGGGUCUCCAGGAGCGUGAAUCUGUCUACGAACCGGUCUUCUGUGUGUCUGAGGAUGAGGAGAAGACUCCCGAGGAUGACUCUGUGUACCUGGGAGAGCCCACCACCGCCCACCGUGAGGGUCGCGCCAAGGGCCCGUACUCCGCUCACAACCCGUACAUCGCCCCAAUUGGCGAAUCCCGUGAACUGUUCACUGUCAAGGACCGCAACUGUCUGCACAUGGAAAUCGACAUUUCUGAUAGCAACCUGAGCUACCAGACUGGUGAUCACAUCGCGAUUUGGCCAACCAAUGCUGGUGCUGAGGUUGAUCGGUUCCUCCAGGUCUUUGGUCUUGAGAACAAGCGCCACACGGUUAUCAGCAUCAAGGGCAUCGAUGUCACUGCUAAGGUUCCCAUCCCAACCCCAACCACCUACGAUGCUGCUGUUCGUUACUACAUGGAAGCUUGCGCCCCCGUCUCUCGCCAAUUUGUCUCUUCGCUCGCUGCGUUCGCCCCCGAUGAGGCUAGCAAGGCCGAAAUUGUUCGUCUGGGUAGUGACAAAGAUUACUUCCACGAGAAGAUCACCAGCCAGUGCUUCAAUAUCGCUCAGGCUCUCCAGAGCAUCACCUCGCAGACUUUCUCCGCCGUCCCAUUCUCUCUGCUUAUUGAAGGUCUCAACAAGCUUCAGCCCCGGUACUACUCCAUCUCUUCCUCUUCUCUGGUUCAAAAGGACAAGAUCAGCAUCACCGCUGUCGUCGAGUCCGUUCGCCUGCCUGGUGCCUCGCACAUGGUGAAGGGUGUGACCACCAACUACCUCCUGGCUCUCAAGCAGAAGCAGAAUGGCGACCCAUCUCCCGAUCCCCACGGUCUGACUUACUCGAUCUCUGGUCCUCGCAACAAGUACGACGGUAUCCACGUGCCGGUUCACGUGCGCCACUCCAACUUCAAGCUUCCUUCCGAUCCUUCGAAGCCGAUUAUCAUGGUUGGUCCCGGUACCGGUGUGGCUCCUUUCCGCGGUUUCAUUCAGGAACGUGCUGCUCUGGCCGCCAAGGGCGAGAAUGUCGGCACCACUGUUCUGUUCUUCGGAUGCCGUAAGCAGGAUGAGGACUUCAUCUACCAGGAUGAAUUCAAGACUUACCAAGAUCAGCUCGGUGACAAGUUGAAGAUCAUCACUGCUUUCUCUCGUGAGGGUUCCCAGAAGGUUUACGUCCAGCACCGCCUCAAGGAGAACGCCCCGCUUGUGAGCGAGCUUCUCAAGCAAAAGGCCAACUUCUACGUCUGUGGUGAUGCCGCCAACAUGGCCCGGGAGGUCAACUUGGUUCUUGGUCACAUCAUUGCUGAGCAGCGUGGUUAUCCCGCCGAGAAGGGUGAGGAGAUGGUCAAGCACAUGCGUAGUAGCGGCAGCUACCAGGAGGAUGUGUGGUCAUGA